AACCGCUUUCCACAUGCACACUCAAGCGAGUCGUAGCUAAACCCAGUUCGUACUAUACUCCACGACCGCCCACUGCCUAACCCACGCUCACGGGUGUCUACACCCACGCUAUACCAGAAUUAGUGCUCAGGAACGACGUUGGGUACGCCGGCCAACCUAGCACCUUCUCUUGAGCAUUCCCAUACUGUAUGCUGUGCGAGAAACACAUCCCCUUCUUGCAUCUCAUUCGCUCGAUCGCUUCUCGACCAUUGACAAGGUGUCACGUUGAAUCAGGCUGUUUAGGGACUUUGAGGGAAACAAGUCCCCGCCGGACCCCAACUGAGAGCUGGACUUGAAGACAUACAUUUAAACGGCGCGAGUCACCUAUAUAAUCAACUGUGCACCUCUCAAAUAAAGAAGGGAAAAGGUGCAUCGACGCGACUCUUCCAUGGCGGACCCGAACACCUCCCCACCCCUAACCCGGGCCUCGGUGGUGGCGGCUCACGAGCUCAUCAAGCCCUUUGUGCACCACACACCAACACUCACCAACUCAACGUUGACACAGCUGGCGAGCACGAAGAGGUCCCGGGAGGAGCUGACGGGUACCGAGUGGGAAGGCGGGGAGAAGGGAGCAAGCAGCCCAAAGAUCAGGCUCUUCUUCAAGUGUGAGAACCUGCAGAGGGUAGGGGCAUUCAAGGUCAGGGGGGCUUUCCAUGCGAUAGAGCGCCUAAAGAAGGAACCGGGCUGGCUGGCUGGCGGAGGGGCGGAGAAGGGCGUCGUCACACACAGCUCAGGAAACCACGCGCAAGCCCUCUCGCUUGCCGCCCGCACCAAUGGUAUCCCGGCCUACAUUGUAAUGCCCUCGAUCUCGCCCCCGCCCAAGAUCUCGGCAACGAGAGGCUACGGCGCAAACGUCAUCUUUAGCGGCUCUACCUCUGCCGAGCGUGAGGCCGUCUGCGCCAAGGUCGUCGAAGACACGGGCGCCAGGCUGGUCCCGCCGUAUGACCACCCUGACAUCGUCCUUGGCCAAGGGACUUUGGGACUGGAGCUGCAGGAAGACGCCGCAAACCUGCUCACCGAAGCUGACAUCGACGAGAAGGAAGGCAUGUCAGAUAAGGGGCAAGGGGGCAAGUGCAGCUUCGCGGCGCCCGUCACGAAGGAGAGCAGGGGACUCGGCGGCGGCAACAAGAAGAAGAGGGGUCUGGACAUCAUUCUUGCCCCCUGUGGCGGCGGCGGCAUGCUCUCGGGCGUCGCGCUGUCCUGCGAAGGGACCGGGAUCCGCGUCUUCGGCUGCGAGCCCUCGUUCGAGGGCGCCGACGACGCAAAGCGCGGCUUCGAGAGCGGGCGGCGCGUCGAGACCGUCAAGACCCUGACCAUCGCCGACGGGCUCAGGACGCCGCUGGGCAAGGUGCCGUGGGGCGUCAUCUACGAGCGCAAGCUUGUCGAGGGGUUCUACUCGGUCACCGAGGAGCAGAUCAAGCUUGCGCUGAGGCUCGUGCUGGAGAGGUUCAAGAUGGUCGUCGAGCCGAGUGCCUGUGUGCCCCUUGCCGUGGCGUUGUACAAUGAGGAUUUCAGGAGCUUGGUAGAGAGGGAAUUUGGGGAGCAGGGCGCCAAUGUGGGUAUUGUGUUUAGUGGCGGAAAUCUAGACCUGGAUGUUCUCGCCAAGAUCGUGAGCGAGGCGAGAGCGGACGUGGAGAAGAAGGAAUGAGGUGGAACAUCAGAGGAUGAGGUCACUGCGUAGAGAGAAAUCACACCUUGCGCUAUGAGUAUUUUAGACAUAAACAAUGGCUGCCAGCGGCACACUGAUAUAUAGAUUGGCGACAGUCAGCUCGCAAUGCUUGAUACUGUGGCUUGGUAAAUACGUUAUUCUCUCGAAGCAACAGCAAGCCCGGGGAUAUACCCUUCCCUUUACA